CUAGGCUCGGGGGUUAGAUGGUGCUGAUCACCGACGACAGGGAUGGAGGAGGCGCAUCGUCGGUCCGGGUCAAACAGAUCCAGCUGCAGCAGAAAGCCGGGGGAUGCACUGCCCAAGUUCACCCGACCAUAAUCGAGCAGCCGCCGUCCAACUCUGAGGAUGAGGACUAUCUGGGGUCUUGCGAAGAUGAAGAUGAAGACGACGAUGGAGGCGAGGAAGAUGAUGAUGAAUUCGAGGAAGUUGACUUUGAGUACUUGGACGAUUGUCGGAGUAUCAUGUCGGACGACUCCUUCUACCCACCGGAUGAUGUGUUCGCGGACUCGGAGCGCACCCCGUCUCCAGUAAGCCCGGAGCCGCUGACUUUUUUCCAAGCAUGCUGCACCAACAACGCGGCUAUCGCCCGGAUUAUGAUCCGGCGUGGAGUGAAGGAGGAGGAGGUCAAGCACACAGACAGAAAUAACAGGAUAGGGCUGUCGGUUGCAUGUUACCAAGGUUAUGUUGAUGUCGUCGUAGCGCUGUCUCAGUGUCCGUAUCUGGAUGUGAACUGGCAGGACAGUGAGGGAAACACAGCUCUCAUCACCGCCGCUCAGGCAGGCCACAUAACAAUCACCAACUAUCUGCUCAAUUACUACUCUGGGUUGGACAUCGAGAGGAGAAACUGCCACGGCUUCACCGCUCUGAUGAAAGCUGCCAUGCAGGGUCGGGUUGAGUGCGUACGCUCGCUCAUGAUGGCAGGAGCUUCCCUUAAUGCAAGGGACUUUGGCCGCCACUUCACUGCCAGGGAAUGGGCCGUUUUUACAGGCCGUUAUGAAACUGCCUGGCUGAUGACACGCCUGAUGGAACGGCCCUGUCCCUACCAGUACCGUGACACAUACAGUCUAGAGUGGCCCCCAUUGGCAUCACUGGUGGCCAAAGCCCAGGAGCCCCGCGGCUGUCUGAAGCGCCUGUCUGACACUGUGCGUAACGUCUUCAACAUUGCAAAUGUCACCAACCCUGAGGACGAAGGUGUCAUCGACCACAUGGUUUCUAUUACAACUGCAAUGAGGAGCCCUUUCAUUGCAGUGGCGUGCCAUACAGUGUGUCCUGACAGCCCCCCAGCUGUGGGAAAACGGCGUUAUGCAGUUCCUGAAAUCGUCCGCCAGCAACGUGCCAAGGACCUCCGCACCAUCAACCCUGACAGGGUGGAUAGUCACCUCAAACUCUUCCAAAACUCUAUAGUCACAUUGGUGGCCAAGAAUGCAGCUGACCGGCGGGCCAGCCUUCAGGCCCAGAGCCUGGUGGCUCGACGCAGAAGCCCCAGCAUGGGCAUUGUGGCUUAUAACGAAGCCCUUGAGCUGCGGCGAACCAGCCUGCUCCCCAUGCAUAUGGUGAUGAGGAGGAGCAGCGUCAGGCCAGGGUUCAGCAUCCCAAAGGUGAGGGUGUCCAAAGCACCCACACCCACUUACGAACCAGAAAAGGUCCGCAGGAAGAGCAGCGCCAAAGAUGGAGGCGGACACCUGCUGCAGAUCCCAAAGUGGCGGUACAAGGAGCUAAAAGAAGAAAGGAGGAAGGCCGAGGAGGCUGAGAGGAGGAGGCUGGAGGCUGUAACCAAGAGACACCUCUCUGCUGGGAAAAGGAAAUAAUAUCAUGAGGAUGUGCCGUACACUAACCAAAAAAAUACAAUGCGUGGUGAUGAUUGAUCUGGCUCUAAUAUUUAUCUGCAAGCUAAUGUGCUCAGGGUGAGCCUACAAUUACCAGCAGUGUUCCUCGAACACUUUUGCAUCCUUAAUUGAAUUCCAUUCGUGUCUGAGGAAAGGAUCCAAAGUUUGCCUCUUAAAAAUGGCUGUUCACAAGUUCACAAUGCUCCAUGUCCUUUCUGACAUUGAAUACCCAGGGGAAUUGAUACUUGAAAUAUUUUUAGCUUAUAACUUAUUUUUCAUAUUUAUUGCUUUUUAAUGCAGUGAAGAUGGCCAACUCUAUAUUUUGUUACGCAUUGGGUGCUCAGCACACCAGUGUUUUUGUAGUGUGUUACACAAUGUUCAAGCACAAGACACAUUGACAUAGAUUCUUUAAGACUAACCACAGCAGACAUGGUGCGGUUGUCACUAAGCCUAAAAGAUGGAAGCAUUAUUAAAUAUGUUAAAAUGUUUCCAUGAAGAAUACU